AUGAACUUUGAUGAUCACGCGCGCUGCGUGUCUGAUGAUGCAGCCCACACUGACCCAGAUCUCCACACUUCAGUCCUUACUCGGGCAUUACGUGAUGCCGCCCCCGCCCCACACUGGAUCGCUCGCAUCGUGAAGCGCGUGCCCGGCGCACCGGGCGAGAGGAUCUGUACAUCUCGCCUCACCAUCGUCACAGCAGAGCGCGAUGCCGUAACGCUCGAGAGAAGAUCGUCGUCCGCCCCACCCGAGUGGUUCCAGUCUAUACUCGAAGCAGCGAAGCUUCCGCUUUAG